AUGGCUUUACCAAUUCUGAAAGGACUUCUCAGAGGCUAUGUGCAGUCACUCUUUAAUGAGGGUAUCGUGAAUAAUCAGUUUUCACAGAUUCAGACCUUGAAGAGUGAUGAAGAUCCUGAUUGUGCUUUGCGGCUGAUCAAUAUAUACUUGCUUGAUGUUGAAAGAAUGUUAUCAGAAUUGACAAGCCUCAGUGAUUUACCUGAUGUUGAUUUUUCCAAAUUGGCUACACUGGCUCGCAGUAUAGAGGAGAAAAGCUCAUUGUAA